GUGAUAUCACUUUUAACGAUAAAACUGAGGAACAAGAUUAUUGGUGUACGAUUAUAUAAUCGAACAUUAACAAUUUUUAAUAUAAACAAGAUAUACAUUUGAUGGGCAUCUGAAAUGUUUAAUGGAAUACUUCGAAGUGUUAUAUGUGAUUUAACUUUUUCCUUAACUUGUUGACAGUCGAAGACAAAUUGGCUUUGGGCCUGCAAUAUUAUCAAUAUUUCCGUUUUGCAUAAAAAGUGAUCAAUUAAAUAUAUCAUAAAAGUAGAAUCUCUUGUUGAGACUGUCAAAAAUUAUCAAAAACUAAAAACUUGCCGAUUAUUAUGAAAAUAACACGCGUGCCUUUCUGCGUAUAAAUACAGGAUGGCUCAAAGUGAAAAAAACAGUUGUAGAACAACUUUCGUGACCGCAAUAUAAGUACAUACUUGCAGUACUUUAGAAAGUGAAAAAUAUCUAAAAAUGCUUGGAACGUUUAGUGCAUCUAUUUUAGCACUGCUGCUAAUUUGCGGCAAUGCUUUUACUGCCUCGGGGCUUAACAUGACCAAUAUCUGUUUGCUACUGGAGGAUAAUGCUCUGAUUGCUAGUGGCGAAUCUUGCUCAACAUAUUACUUGUGCUCCAACAAUGUUCCGAUUCUUCAGAGUUGUGCGAGCGGCACCUACUUCAACAAGAAUGUCCAAAGCUGCGUCAGCACUGCUCCGUCUUAUUGCGCCGUGGAUGGCGCGGAUCCCUGUACUGGACACGCUAUUGGAACAUACACCGCUGUUCCAAAUUCGUGCAGCGGCUACUAUUACUGCUCAGCUAAGGGUGCAUUACGUAGUAACUGCCCCAAUGAUCUAGUCUUCAAUCCUACUACACAAGCCUGUGAUUACAAAGACACUUAUAGCUGUGAUGACACAACUGCUGAUACUGACUCAAGCUCGUCAGUGAUCAAUUUAUGUUCAUACGUAAGAAUUAACAAAUACUUCGGCAAUGCUUUCAACUGCGCAGGAUGGCAAAUAUGCUCCACCGACAACUCUUUCAAAACGGGCACAUGCAAGGAUAACUUGGUCUUCAAUACAAAAACCAAGACUUGUGACUACAAAUCAAAUGUUGUAUGCUCUCAGGUGACAAAUGAUCCUAACCUAGAAGUGACAGCCGCAAAUGGUGGUGCUUGUACUGUGUCUGGGAACGUUAAAAGUGCUACCGCUUGCAAUCAAUAUUACUAUUGCAACGGCGCCAACUAUGUGCUGAAGACAUGCACAGGCCGUUUAUAUUUCGACACAGUGUCUGGUGAAUGUGUAAACCGUAUAAAUGCGGUCAACGAUUGCGAUCGCUGCCUUGGUAGCGACGAUACUUUCGUGAAUGCCUACGGUACCGAUUGUAAGGGUUAUUUGUACUGUUCAAAUGGUUUUCGACAUAGUUCUGCUUUAUGCGCAAAUGACGAGUAUUUCAAUGAGUUGCUGGGCGGUUGCGUUAAAGAGAAUCCCAACUUCGAAUGCUGUGCAAAUUCAACAAGUACUACCAUUGCAGCCGACUCAACUACUGAAUCAUCUGCAACAACAGCUAAAACGGAGUCCGGAACAACAGCUAAAACGGAGACUGGAACAACAGCUAAAACGGAGUCUGGUACAACAGCUAAAACGGAGUCUGGUACAACAGCUAAAACGGAUUAUUUUACUCUUAUUUAUGCAAUUAAUGUAUUACAUUCGAUCACCCAUUGUCGCGCCGAGUACGAUGUGACGUCGAUAUGUACGCUUGUUAAAGAUAAUGUGCGAGUAGCUAGUACCGACUCCUGCAAAAACUACUUCACUUGUCAAAACGGCAAAGCUAUUGCAGAAAGUUGUCCGGAUGAGCAACUCUUUCAUAAGGAUCACCAGCUAUGCAAACCUUCCACGGAGGUGGACUGCUAUUGGGGAGUAGCCACACCAUGUUCAACACGCGACGAACCAACAUUUAUACCGAUUGUGGGAACAUGCGAGGGCUGGAUACACUGUAAAGAUGGCAAGGAAGCGGGACGUGGCGAAUGCGGUCAAAAUUUGGUGUUCAAAGAUGGCCGUUGCGAGUACGGCGAAUGUCGUGAGGAGUAUGAUCCUAGUGGGUUGCAGAGCAUUUGUCAGAUUAUGCCCAAUAAUAAAUACUUUGGUAGUUCCAUUGAUUGUGCUCGUUGGCAAAUAUGUCGAAAUGAUUUACUUAAGUUUGGUUACUGUAAGAACUCAUUGGUUUACAAUCCACUCACUGGCGAAUGCAUUUACGAAAUGAAAAACACCUGCAACUAUGUUACCGGAGAGUCAAUUCUACCAGAUGAAGAAAUUAGUGGUACCUGUACCUCUUCAGAUUCUGCCAUAGCGAGCGUCAUAAAAUGUUCAAUGUAUUUCCAAUGUAUUAAUGGAGAAUGGACCCGCAGGGAUUGUGCUGCCAAUCAAUUUUAUGAUAUUGUUGAGAAACAAUGUGCCGAUUAUGUUGCGGCUAUUACGAACGACAAAUGUGAUCGAUGUGAAUUUUCCAAGGGGGAUUUCGUAAACGAUGUAGAUCCUAAAAAUUGUAGUAAAUAUGUUUAUUGUCGCAAUGGCAAAAGGAAAAGCAAAGGUAGUUGCCCGAGUGGCCGCUAUUUCAAUGAACCUUCGCAAGCAUGCUUGAGCACCGGCGAAGACGUUAACAGCGCUGAAGAAGGAAGUGGUGAAAAUGAUAUCGCUGGCCUAGGCACGUCCUUGGCUUUGUACAAUAAAUCGCAUGGUGCCUGUAAGACCAAUGACGUGUUGAUUAGCACUCAGAGUUAUAUUAUAUCUAAGCAAUUUAUCGCUGGCUACCUACUUCUGGUGCUAGUUAACACGAUUUCCGCGGAAUACGACGUGGAUGGCGUAUGUACGUUGAUUAAGGAUGGCGGCUUAAUUGGUAGCAUUGAAUCUUGUCAGAAAUAUUAUAGUUGCAACAAAGGCAAGGCAACGGCCUAUGUAUGCCCAGACGGCACUAGAUUCAGCAAGAAUUUGGAAAAAUGCGUAAGUGAGAGCAGCGUUGACUGCUACAUCGGCGCAGCGGGAGUCUGCACUGGUCGAAGUGCGGCGUUCAUUUCGAAGCCAGGCACCUGCAACGGCUGGAUCUACUGUAAGAACGAAAAGCAGGUCGGCAGCGGUAGUUGUGGUAGCAAUUUAAUUUUUCAAAAUGGUGAAUGCCGAUAUGGCGAGUGUACCGUGGAUAGUAGUAAUUUGAAUACAAACUUUACAUCGAUCUGCCAGGUUAUGCCGAACAACAAAUACUUUGGCAGCACAAAGGAGUGCAGUAAAUGGCAAAUUUGCAGGAAUGAAAAGCUGGUCGGAGGCUUUUGCAAGAAUGGUUUAGUUUAUAAUGUUAAUUUGGCUUCUUGUACCUACGCAAGUUCAAGCUCUUGCUCUCAAGUAUCUGGCAUAACCGUACAACCCGAUGCUGAAGUAUACGGAAGUUGUAAUAAUGUUAACACUAAGAAACCAUCAAAUAUAUGCAGUGACUACUUGAAAUGUGAAAAUAAUCUAUGGAAACGGUAUUCGUGCAAUAGAGGUUAUUACUUCGAUAUUACAACGAGCUCAUGUGUAGCCCGCAUCUCGGCUAUAACAACUGAUUGUGAUCGCUGUCUGUUCUCGACAAAGGAAUUUGUGAACGCUGUCGAUGAGGAAUGCCGCAAAUAUUUGGUAUGCCAAAAUGGUAUCAAAAAGACGUUCAAUUACUGUGCUACCGGGUACUACUUUGAUGAGAUCGCUGGAGGUUGUGUUAAAUCCACAGACACUGUGAGCAAGGCAUCUAAUGGGGCUUGCCAAGCAGCUACUUCUAGCGAUACAAGCUCUUCUGCUGAUAGUGACUCUAGCGAUACAAGCUCUUCUGCCGAUAGUGACUCUAGCGAUACAAGCUCUUCUGAUAACAGUGAUUCCAGCACUGAUGAAAGCGCUUCUGACGAUACUAGCGAAAAAGUUAAAAAAUCUUCAUGUACAAUUGGCUUCGCUUUGAUUUACGUUUCAGCCGAGGCCAUUAUAUUUGGACUGUUGGUCUUAUCAACAGGAUUUGCUGCUGGCUCUUCUACAACCAACAACGGUGACCUUUGCCGCUUCUUUGCCAAUGAAACAAAGCUUCGCGAUCCAGCGUCGUGCAAUCAAUAUAUAACAUGUGUGGAUUUCGUCUCCCAGUAUCAGAGUUGCACUACAGAUAAGCCUUUCUACGACAAAGAUACGCAAAAGUGUGUCACUACAUUAUCUAAUAACAGCACUUGCCAGAUUUCUUGCGAAAAAUAUGUGGGUGGAUUCGUAAAUGAUCCAUCAUCAUGCAAUGGUUAUUAUUAUUGCAAAGAUGCCGAAACAGCUUUGUAUGGAAAAUGUCCAGAAAACAUGCACUUCAACGGCACCAACCAGAUGUGUAGAUACAAAUCAGAUUCUACAUGUAAGGUCAAGGAAUUUGAUAUUUGCUCAAUAGCUAAAAAGGAGACAAAAGUUCUAGAUGAAAAUGAUUGUCGUAAAUAUUAUGAAUGCUCAUCUAAGGGUGUGCUAACCGAAAAAACAUGCGCCAGCGGUAAAUAUUAUAAUGCCAUCACCGGUACUUGUUUGGAUAAAUGGAUGGUAGACUGCCCGAAAAUUCCGUUACCCGAUAAUAUUUGCGGUACAAAAGCAAAACCAGUGAAAAAUAAAUUUGUUUCGGAUGAUGCCACUUGUCGCGGCUACUUCUAUUGCGGCGACAAGGUCGUACCAGAUCCAGCUCCCAUAUGGGGUUCGUGUCAAAAUGGCACAUUCUUCGAUGCCACAAGUCAGUCUUGUGCAAGUCCUCUACAGGUUAAAUGUCCCACUGGCGCAGAUCGUUGCGAUGGUCGUUCAGAAACAUUUGUCAGCGGAAGUGAAUCUGGUUGUCGUCAAUAUUUACGCUGCAAAGAAGUUUGCAAAAUGUUAAGAAAAUCAUUGGUGGCACUAAUUUUGUUUAACUGUUAUCUUAGUAACAGCGUAAGUGCUAUUGUACUGCCUGAUCCAACAGGGUUGUGUGGUCUUUUUAAGGAUGGUACACGACUCCGGAAGCCAGGCUCAUGUACAGAAUAUAUUCAUUGCGCUAAUUCCUCAGGUAUUGUUUACUCGUGCCCCGCUCAGCAGUUAUUCGACCGCAAAACGCAAAGUUGCGUUACAGAAGAAAAUCUCUCCGAUGUAGACAAAUACUGCCGCAAUCGAUGCGAAGGCAUCAAUGGCAAGUGGAUAACAGAUCCAUUUUCUUGUAAAGGUUAUCUCUAUUGUAAAAAUGGUGAGCCACUGCAGGGUUAUUGUGAUAACGGUUACAAUUUCGAUGAGACAAAAGCGAUGUGUGACUUCGAGGAUGAGAGCAGCUGCUAUAUAGUGCCAGAGAUUUGCGACUUGGUACCAGACGGCACAAAAUAUCGCAAUAUAAAUGACUGCGCUAAAUACUAUGAGUGUAAAAAUGGCAAAAGUUCAAGUUCUACUUGCAGUAAAAAGCAUUUCAAUGUGCAAACCAAUGCUUGUGGUGAUCAAUGGAUAGAUGAUUCUUGCGUGCCUAGUGCAAUCACUUGCUAUGCUAACAGAACCAUAAUAAGAGGUUACUUUUCCGAUAAAGCUACAUGUCGUGGAUAUUUCAUUUGCCGAGAUUUUGGAACUGAGCAAGACUUGGAACCUGUUUUCAGACAAUGUCCUGUUGGCAAACUCUUUGACCAAACAACGCAAUCAUGUGUGGAUCCCAUCGAUUCGGAUUGCCAGUAUAACAGAUGUCAGGGUCGUGGUGACAUGUACAUUCAAACUAACGAAGAUAACUGUCGCAAUUAUAUCACUUGUCAAGGCGGGUUUGAAGUAGCUAGAAAAAGAUGUAAUGGCGAUAAAUUCUUUGAUGAGAAAUCACAGGGCUGUGUGAACGCCAUCAUCAGUUAUAAAUGCUGUGAUGGUAAAUAAUAUGUGAACAUUUCUAGGUACGAGAGGCGAUUGAUAAGUUCGCAGCCUACUUAAUGAAGCAAAUGUAUAG